UCUCACUGCUGUCUGCUCAUCACUAUCACCAGGGCUGGAUUAUGAACCGGACCAUCGGCCAGCGUUCAGAGAAAAUGAACACCAAGGCCCUCAAAUCCAGGCCAAGGCUGAAAGGAUCAAUAAUAACUAGUUUAAGCUACUUAACUCCAAUAUUCAUCUGUGUUUUGUAAUUUUAUGCUUAUUAGAGGUUUAUGUUGUUAGAUUAGCAACAUCUAACACCAAAGUCCAUUGAAAUCAAUUGAUAUUUAGUUGCUUGCAAUGUAAAUUGUUACAAAUCUGUCACUGAUGAGGUUCCUUGUUAGCAUGCUGCCUUAGAAGACAGCUAGUUUUGUUUCAGAACAAGUCCACACAAGCCUGCCUGUGUGUUUUGAUGGUUAUUAUCUGUUACAACAGGGCACUCUGGCAUACUGGUGCCAUAAAUGGACCCUAAACAUAAUUCUGUACUGUUGCCUUGUGACCUCUGGUAAAACAUUGAGAUAAAUGUUAGUUCAUUAUGAUUUAUUACAUGGAGGGUGUAACUGGAUGUUUAACACACAUGUGCUUAAUGACUCACAGUAAAGAUUAACUGAGAAACAAAUCUUCUAAAGACAAACACAGCCUGUUAUUAAACAUGUCAAGAGCACUCCACUCGAUAUGCAGGCUGUACUGAUGUCAAACUGCUGAUUUUCUGCUCAGUUUACGUUUUGGGCUGAAAGUGCACUCUUUCAGCAUCUUAAGAUAGAAGAGGAGAUCUUAAGGCGCUCUCAGCUAAAUACAGUGGAAGAAUGAAGAGAUUCGGUCGAGUUGGACCUGACAGGCCUGAUAACCUUGAGCUUGAACUGACCGAUGGAGUCUCUAGUCAGUCAGUGCAGCCAGCCAUUGCUUCUCCUGCAUCUGUGGCAUCAGUUAAAGAUGUGGGAUGGUCAGUCACUCACCUGGCGUCCUAUGCAAGAGGCCGCUGGAAACAUGCUGCCCACAAGUCUGUCAGGAAGAAACACACAGAGGAAUAUGUAGGCAGCAAAUACAAGGGUCUGGCAACAGAUGAAGAUAGUGUAGAUGGAAGGAAGAAGAAGAAGAUCCACCUGAAUAAAAGGCUUUUGGAUCACUUUCGAGUCCUAGCGGCCAGCAAUAAAGACACAGAUGAGGUGGACCUGCAGUUUCUCAACGAUGUCCUUACGAAUGGAGCUGACCCAAACUCAGCAGAUAAAUAUGGGCAAACGGCCCUGCAUGAGAUAUCUCGGGCAUGGAACAUAGACGUGAUGCGUUUCUUCCUGGAAAGAGGGGCAGAUUUUCAGAGGGCCGAUACUUUUGGAGUGACACCUCUUCAUGUAGCCGCAGGCCUGGAUUAUGAGGAGAUGCUGCAGUUUCUGUUAGAAAGAGGAGCUGACAUUGAAGCUCGCACGUAUAAAGACAAGCAGACCCCGCUGCACUUUGCUGCUAAGAAUGAUGCUGUCGGGGCGGUGAGGAUGUUACUGCAGAACGGGGCGGACAUCACUGUACGAGACUAUAAAGAAAGAACGCCUCUACAGCUGGCUGCUAACUUUGAUCGAAGUGAGACAGCACGUUUGCUGCUGGGGUUUGGAGCAGAUGCUGGCGUGCAGGAUUCUGAUGGACAGCUCUGCAUUACUGCCAUGAUUAAUAAAAUGACUUCUGUGGCUGAUUUGGCAAUGAAUCAGUUUCAUGUGAAAGACCGAAUGGCCCGACAGCAGUACUACUACCUUCAUCUCAUGGAGCCAAUGCCUGCUGACAAAACAAACCCAAAAGGUUCUGAUCCAUCAUCACCGUUGGAGCUUAUUGUCAAUGAGGGUAAACUGGAUCUCAUCAUGCACCCUGUAGUGCUCAAACUCAUCACUGUCAAAUGGAACUUAUAUGGCAGAAUGGGAGCCUGGAUACUCUUGCUUCUCAACUUCCUAUUUAUCGUGUCCUGGACAACAGUAGCUAUAUCUGUGUCAGUACGUCCAGAAGGAGAUCGGUACAAUCUUCCUCAGGACUGGUGGCGUGUGUUGUUGGUGGUUCUGGCACUAGUGCUGAUGGUGGUUGAGGUGUACAGGGAAGUGAUGGAGAUUGUUCGAUCUAGGAAGAAACUGAAGCACUGGCGGUGCUGGACUGUGCAGAAGAUCAAUGAGGACUUGAGCUGCUCUCACCCUAUGUGGCCUGAGGAGCGCAAUUACUUGGAGGGCCAAAUUAAGUAUAUUCGAAACCUGAAAGGAACCUACUCUCAAGACCUCUGGAAUAUCUUUGAUUGGCUGGUCUAUUCGCUGCUCCUGGCAGUUCUGGUCGUCCACUUGGCAGAUGUAUUCCUAGUGUCUGACUCACUUCGACAAAACAGCCUUCGCCUCUUCGCAGUGUCCAUUAUUUUUCUGUGGCUAAGGCUGAUGAAGCAUGUCCGAGCCUUUAGGGCGAUGGGACCUUUUAUUGUCAUGCUGGGGAAUAUUGCAGGAGACGUGCUGCGCUUCCUUUUUCUCUAUAUAGAGAUCUACAUUCCAUAUGCCUGUGCUUUCUGGAUCAUAUUUGGAGGUUUAGCUGAGGUGCCAAGUAUGAAGACGGUUCCUGAGCUGCUGUACAGCCUGUACCGUAUCACCUUGGUGGACGAAUAUGAGUUUAAUGCCAUGCUGGGUGUGGAUGCAGUGAUGGCCUACCUGCUCUGUGGAACAUUUCUGGCCCUGUCUGCUAUUCUCUGUGUUAAUUUACUGAUUGCUCUGCUUUCUGACACCUUCCAAAGGGUCUAUGACAAUGCGCUGGCCAAUGCUGUGAUGCAACAAGCUGCUAUCAUUCUGCAAAUAGAGGAAUCCAUGUCUUGCCUGAGACGUUGCUAUGACAACGAGUACAUCCACCAGCAUUGCGCCCCGCUUGGAGAAUUCUAUGAUGAUGAUGUCACCACUAACCCAGAACAACAUGCAGAGAUGAAAAAGCUCACAGAACAGAUCAAGGAUGUUUUACAUCAGUUUCUGAACAUCCAAAGAGAGACACUCUCACCUCAAUUAGCCUAUGCAGGUGCAAGAGAAGAGAGCACAAGGAGAAGUGCUGCACUUCCAGAAAAGGAAGAACACCUCUUGACUCUUCACAGACUUGCGAAAGACCAGCAGAAGCACAGUCAGGAUCUGAGUGAGCUGAAGGCUGAAGUGAAAGAACUCCACAGUUUGCUUCUCCAUCUGAUACAGUCCAAGACAUAAUGAAAGUUUGCGAAAGUAUGCGCAAUCAUGCAUGGGUUCAUUAAUGAAGAUUACUGGUAUGAACUCGUAGAACGCACUGACGAAUUCUGACGAAGUCUGCUUUGGUCCAAAUUGCCAAUCAUAACGUAUAUGGAGAUGUCGUGAUUACUCUGAGCUUUUCAUCAAGCAUUUUUUUGGGGAUUGCUGUGUGAAAUGUGCCUAUUGAAAUUACUUUCUAUGGUAAAUAUAACCAUAAAUUAACCUGGAAUAAUCCUUUAAGUGAUGUGACUGGUGUUUCUGCAGCUACUGAUGAUGACAAGAAACCCUCAGUGACAAAGCAUCCCAUAGCAUACAAUAAAACCUCUGAAAAUGAAUAAUGAAUUACAGAAAUCACACAUUUAAUCCACUAGAGCAAGACAAAGGACUUCUGUGCAGCAAGUCAUAAUUUUGUAACCUACAGUUGUUACUUAAGUUAUACAUUGUACCACGUUAUUGUAACAAUAUAGAUUUGCAUCGGUGUAUAUUAAAGUGACUUUAUUUUAAUUAUUAAAAUUUUAAUUAGA